AUGCGCGUGCUCCAUUCCCAGCCCGUCCCCAUUGGCCGCCUAGUCCCCGGCCCCCCUUCGCCACUUCCCGGCCCAAUCACCGCGCGCCCAGACCGCCGUUGCCACACAACCCUCUUUUUUUUUAUUCCAUUUUCUGCAUCGGGCAACUCGAGUCCAACCAAUUCCAUGACGCCUGCUGCGCUCCAAUCAAAUGCUACCCCCUCCCCCGGCUCGUCCGCCCCCUCCGCCGUGUGCACUGGUCCUCCCAACUUCCACUCUCCUCCCUGUCAUUUCCACCUCAUUAAUUUCCAGUCUCCCAUCGUGCUCAGAGCCUGGUCAUCUGCCCCGACAGGCCUCCCGCCCUCCCGCUUCCCUGCGGGCUCAUAUCGGAUAAUCCAUCUAUUCAGCCCCGGAUUUUCUCCCCCGCCGCCUGCCAAACAGGCGCUGCGCGCGCUCGGCAGCUUCCAUGGGCGUGUGCCUAUCGACAAUCUGCGCAAUCUGUGGCCCGAUUGGAUCAGUAUCUGUUUCCCCGCCCGCCACGGUCCUGCCCGACUUCCCGCCCCGGACUGA